AUGGGCACGAAACCCACACCAAAGAUCUUUCCUUCCACCGCUAGCGAGGAGACCCGGACGUCAGCGAUAACGCCCCGCCAGAAAUUUGAAGGACACACUGGGAAUGUGCGAGGCGUCAUACACCUGCCCGACGGACUGCGAAUCAUCACUUGUUCACUCGACGGCUCGUUGCGAUCAUGGAACUUGGAGAGCGGGAAGCAGAUAGGGGACGACUGGCGGGACGGCGCAGGAGGUUCAGUGGAAACCGUGGCAUUGUCCCCAGACGGCGAGAAAGUGGUCAGCGGGAGUAAAGACGGUGCGGUGAGGCUGUGGAAUAUCGACACGGGCAAGGUCAUCGCUAAAUGGAUUGGGCAUACGCAGCCGGUGUGGGCUGUCUGCUGGAGUCAAGAUAGUCGGCGGGUGGUGAGCGGAUCAGGUGAUGGAACUAUAAGGGUGUGGGAUGUGGAGAGCGGAAAGACCAUCGUUGGACCAAUCGAGACUGGGCAUGCUUGGGUGUGCACAGUCGUCUACUCGCCAGUCAGCUCCAUGAUUGCGACUGCCGGAAGCUGCAAGGCCAAGGACGAGCAGCUCAUCAAAAUCUGGGACAUCAUAACAGGCACUUUGGUUACCACUCUCAAAGGACACACAAGGACAGUGGAAUGCCUUGCUUGGACCGCGGACGCGAAGACACUCAUUUCCGGGUCGGCGGAUCACUCCAUUAGGACAUGGAACACUACUACCUGGGAGCAGGUCGCAGUGCUGGAUGAGCACACCAACAGCGUCUAUGAUAUCGCAAUAUCUCCGAAUGGUCACGAUAUACUCGCAAGCGCAUCGUACGACAAGACAUUGAGGUUGUGGAACCUCAAGAAUAGCCAGCCCGUCAGUUUGCCCCUGAAGCAUGCAGAUAGAGUGACCUGUGUGUCAUUUUCGGCAGAUGGGCGACUACUAGCCGCUGGCUGCCGAGACAAGAACGUGUAUACAUGGGAUGUUUCUGCGAUUAUUAGAGAAGCUGAUACUCAAGCUGGUGACCCCCCAUCAGAUCUCCUUGAAUUCGUCGGACCAAAUGACGGUGACAAGCCGUUGCCCGAUGUUGAUACUACACCACAUCCAGUCCAACAACUCGAAGAAGUCUGCCAAGUAGUACCCCCAGCGGUUGCACUGCCCGAUGUUGAUAACGCACUACUACACUUCCCGCAACGCCUGCAGGAGCCUGUCUCACAUGAAGCUCUUAGGCCUUGUGUUACUCCUGUCGAAGAGCCUUCGUCAUUGAGCACCGCAAACCAGACUGAAGCUGCUUCACAAGGACCGCUGCAACAAGACACGAACCAAGGCCAGGAGGAAUUGUCGUUGGCGCCCCGUCCACUGGUUGCCACUACAACUUUACCGGCGGCGGCCCCUCCUGUCACUACUACUUCACUACCAGCGGCUCCUGCUGCCACUGCAACACCCUCACUAGCGCCCCCUCCUGAUGUUGAUGAUACACUAGGCCUCUUACACCACCUAUGGAACAGGUUGUUCUCUCGUCACGCUCCUAUUCCUCGUGGUUCUAAAAGCAAAAAGCCUUUAUAUGUCGCUCGAGUACCGGAAACUGGGAAGGAGACUAAAGCUACCUCGCAAGGGCAGCCCCAACUAGAUAUGAACCAGGACCAGGUGUCAUCCUCGUCACGUUCAGUCGUAAUGGGCGCGUCUGAUGGUGUGAUGAGACAGGCUGGAUGCUGCACUCGGUUUUGGUCUUGUAUCUGCUGCGCGUCCACUAAAUCUUCCGAUGGUAUUCAUUAAUGCAGGAGCCCACCAUGCUUCACGCAAGUUUUGUCGAUUUCUUUUUUUUCUUGCUUUCCCCCGUCCCUUAUUGUACAUUAUGCUUUCAUUUGGUGCAUCAUUGUUCCAGCAUCAAUCGCUCUUGAUAUGAGAUGCCUCAUAUUGACAUUGUUAUAUGUACAAUAUGACACCCGUCCCCUUUUGAUAUUUCAAGUUUAUCUGCGUCACCAAGUAUGCUGUAUGUACCACUCGGAUAUAAUAAACUUUAUUCAAAUGCGA